AUUUGAACUUUGUUCUUAAAGGGCGCUGCAGCAUUCCGUACCUGUCCCAAACUCCGCGUGCUCAAGGGCCCACCCUGAAAGUUUGCUUAUGAAUACGCGGUGGGCGUGGCUCCAGCCUGGACUUGCCCUUUUCCCAGCAGUCUUCCAUUGACAUUUCAGCAGAUCAAAGCCAGCAUUCAUUGCUGUUAUGGAAACACGAACCUGCCUUCCCAAGGAUUCUUGAAAGGGAGAUCAUGGCCCAGCGGUUGUCGGAAUAAUGGGGCAGAAGCAGAAAUGGCCGGAUCAGGGAGCGGUAACAACGACAGCAACACGACGGUGUCUCCGCAAGACCGAGCUGAGGUUCGGGACCCGUCCGAUCCAAAGGAGCUGUCCCUAGAAGAAGUGCUGAAAUCGUACGAGCAGCCCAUCAACGAGGAACAGGCAUGGGCAGUGUGCUACCAGAGCUGCCGCGGACUGAGUCAGCUCCUGCCGGGAGUGAAGCAGGUCGGCUUUAUGCGAGUAAAGGAUCCCGGGUCUAUCUUGUUACACAAAGACGGGACCGUCUCCUUAUUAGAGGAGCCUAAUCCAGAUUCAGAUGGAGAUGGGCAUCCACUUGAACCAUUAACAAGCCGGCAGACUGUACAAUCCUUGGGAUUUGCAAUUUAUCGAGCUCUGGACUGGGGUCUGGAUGAGAAUGAAGAACGGGAACUGAGCCCUCAGCUGGAACAGCUCAUUGACCUGAUGGCCAAUGGGGACAGUGAAGCAGCAAGCAGUGGGACUGCUGAUGAGGGCUACAGUGGACAGGAGGAAGAGGAGGAGCCUGAGAUGACCCCGAGAGCUGUUCGCUCUUUCCUCCAGGUGAUGUCGGUCUGUUCUGCCCGCCUGUCGAAUCCUUCUGAAGCCCAGACCCAUUACCAGGCAGUCUGCCGUGCACUCUUUGUGGAGACCUUGGAGCUGCAAACAUUUCUAACAAAGAUCAGAGAUGCAAAGGAGAUGUUGAAGAAAAUAAAUACAGAAGAGCAAGAAGAGAGACUGACAGCAGAGCUGGACAAUCUCCGUCACACUGACUGGGCUCGGCUCUGGGUUCAAUUGAUGCGUGAGCUAAGGAACGGUGUCAAACUGAAAAAAGUCCAAGAGAAACAAUUCAACCCGUUGCCUACAGAAUUCCAGCUCACUCCAUUCGAGAUGCUCAUGCAGGACAUCCGCGCCCGGAACUACAAGCUACGCAAGGUCAUGGUGGACGGUGACAUCCCAACAAGGCUCAAGAAGGAUGCUCAUGAGCUAAUCCUGGACUUCAUUCGGUCACGGCCUCCCUUGAAACCGGCCUCAGAAAGAAGUCUACGGCCAAGACCAGAAAAAACCCACUCCCUCCAUGAGAAAAUCUUGCAUGAGAUCAAACAAGAACGAAAGCUACGCCCUGUGAAGCCUCCAUGCUGUAAUAGAAGAAAUUUCGGCUCUUUACCUUGCAUCAUUCAAACCUAUUCCAGUGAUGUGAAAUCCACGUCCUGCAUUGACCUUUCUGUCCCUGAUGGUGCUGGUCGGCCACCACCGCAGAGGCCAAGGGUUUUGCUGAAGGCUCCCACUCUCGCUGAAAUGGAGGAGAUGAACAUCUCUGAGGAAGAAGAGUCCCCAAAUGGGGAGAUUAGGAGAGUGGCCAGCUCACCGGUGCCUCUCAAGCGCGAUCGGUCCUUCUCAGAACAGGAUCUGGCAUUCCUGCAAAGCGAAAUGGCCGCCUCUCAGUCUGAGUCUACCUAUCUGGCCAGGAUGGGUGAACGUACUCGAUCUGGUAGUAUGGUGAAUCCUACCAGGGAGCCAAUGAUUAGCCUGCAAGGUUCCUUCCAUCCUAAUAUUCAUAACACCCGAGGUCUAGGAACCUUCUCACCAGGAAGAAGUUCACUGUGCUCAGUGGAAGAGAGGCCUGAAGGAGAAAGCAGCUCAUCUUCGGAGCACAGCGUAAAGCAGCAGAUGAUGGAUGAAUUCAGCUACCCAGUGGAGACGCUGGCCCUUACCGUCGAUGAGGUGAUCAAUGUUCGCAAAGUGCUGGUGAAAGCUGAAAUGGAGAAGUUUCAACAAUGCAGAGAGCUGUAUAAUAAUCUGAAGAAAGGGAAGGUGUGCUGCUGCUGUAGAGUCAAGUUUCCACUGUUUUCAUGGCCUUCGAAUUGCCUUUUCUGUAAAAGAUCAGUGUGCGGCUCCUGCAGUGUAAAGAUGAAGAUUCCCUCGAAGAAAAUGGCACACAUCCCUGUAUACACUGUGGGGUUUGAGAGCACCAGCAGUAGCCACCCAAAGAAAAAUGAUGUCUUUCAGUCUUUGCAAAGCUUAAGUUGCCGCUCUGUUGAAGAAGAAUUCCCCCACCUGUAUGCUAAUGGAUGCUCCCUGAAGGACAUCUGCACAGAAUGUACAAAAUUUGUAGGAGAUGUUAUCACUUCAAGUCGAAAAAGUGUGGACAUCCUGAACAACACGCCAAGGAAAACUAAAUCCUUGAGAGUCCCUUCUGGGAGGUGUGCAAAAUACAAAUAAGACAUUUUUUCACUCUUCAUACAUCACAUCUGGAUAACAAUGGCUUAAUGUAAAAUAUGUAUCAAAAUUUCGAUCAGUGUUUUGUUUCCUGGCAUGUCCUAACAGAUGAAGUAUUAUCUGCGGCAGUCUCUCCCGCCUACAGUUUCUCAACAGUUGUUCAGUGUCAUAUUUGGACGGGCAGCUACCCACCAAAUCAAUGCUGUACAUUGCCAUUUGCUUUCUAUGUUUGCACUUUCAAAAUAUUUAGAUAAAAACUUAUGGACCUUGUUGAUGUGAACAAGAAUAGUAAAUAAUAAUGCAAAACACACAAUGAAAGAGCACUUUGCGUAUUGCCGAAUGGAUGAAGAUAUAGCCUGCCUUACAUGCCAUUUUUCGGCAAGAUGCUUCUCACCCUUGGGCAUCCUUCCUUAGGCUUGGAAAGAGUGCACAACACAAAGUGAUAUUUUUAUAAGGUAACCAGAAUGGACUACUUGGGCAGGGGCUGGCACAAUUUAAAUUAUACCAUAUGUGAUGCCUAUUUCUUGUGGACUUUUCUAAUGGCUGUUUUGAAUUAGACACAUUUUAUGAAGAAUGUUGUUAACAAAUGACUGGUGUCAAACUCUGUGGAUGCUGUACAAAUAAUAAUACCACAUUUUCUGUAGGUAUGUAAAAAUGAAAAUAAAGAUAUUAUCAAAUAAGUUA